UAUCAUGGCAGCGGGACGUGUUGCCGCCAGUAUUUUUUUCAAAGUCCGCGCGAUACAAGCCCAACUGGAUCAUGCAGGAGCGAGUUCAUAGACAAGAACCACUCGACAAUCCACCGUGAAGCAUCCACUACCGAGCUCUGAGCACUCAAAUUACUUACCUGGACCCUAAUCGACCAAACCUUCCGCUACUCUCCGAGGGGCCAAUACGCUACCAUAUGAGCCACAUCAUAAAGCGCGACUUUUUCAGUUUCGCUCUAUACUACAUUCAGCCUCGUCAUAGGCGUCUCUGGUCGCUGAUCUCCCUGUAACUAUCUGCAACCCUCUCGACGGUCUUCACAUGUGUUGGGAUUGCGACGACUAUUAUGGCUCGAGCACGGACUCCGAUUUAACGGACCUGGACACGGGCUCAGAUAGUAGCAGUCAAUGUAGCGAGCAUAGCAGCCCGAGCGAGGCGCCCGGUGAAGAAGUUGUAGGUGACUAUGGCGGAGAGACAUAUAUUCCAGAUAAACAACCCGUAGCAAAGCGCGUCAGGACGGACAAAGGAACCGAUAUAGGAACAGCACUAGCAGUAAAACGUUCCGGCAGAAGAAAGAAAACUCUUAGUCUCAUCGUUACUGUGCCAAUCGAUAUUCUUCUCGAGAUUUGUAGCUUCUUGGAACCGGUGGACCUCUCACAUCUGUUCCAUGCCCAUAAAGCUUUCCGUAAGGUUCUAUCGUCUAACCACGCAGUCUCAGUCUGGAAAGCUGCUCGCGUCAAUCGUGGCGGUGUUCCUGACUGCAUGCCUGACAUGUCUGAGGUGGAAUGGGCUGACCUAUUAUUUGGUGGUUCUGACUGUCAAGAAUGUGGCAUGAAGAGAGUGUGGGGUAUAGACUUCGGUAUGAGGCGCAGAGUAUGUCAACCAUGCCUCAAUGAGAACUUACUGUGCAAAUCGGCCUUUCCAUUCGUAUUUCCUGAAUACGAUCCGAUCAUUCUGGAUUUGAUCCCAUUCAGUAGUAUCGGUGUUGAGGAUCAUGACCAUGAUUAUAUUGCCGACUUGGGCUGCAAGUUUUUUUGGUCAGAUGACAUAUCGAAAAUGGCAGACGAGUUGGAGGUGUACCUCAAACCAGGUGCCGAACAAGCAUUAGAAGACUUCAAGCAAUCACGCAAGAAAUAUGUUGAUUCCGAUUCCAAUCAUAUAGCAGUCUGUGACGCUUGGGUCGCCAGUGAUCGUGCACAGCAAUCGCUCCGUGCCCGUGAGCUUCAUAGCCAAAAUACAAAGCUGUUUCAAGCUAGACUGGUCGAUCUCGGCCACGAUGCUGAGGACGUGGAGCGCAUGUUUGACCAUCAUCACUAUGGCGUACUAGAUAAGGAGUUUACCGACGCACGCUGGAAGCGUUUGAUUCCAAAAGUUGAGCGCAAGCUUGCUCAAUUGCAAGAAGAAUGGCGCUUCGAGAAUCAAAGAGAAGUGUCAUCUAUCCGGGAGUCUAAACUGUUGACUAUGUACCACAAAUACGUGCGGCCGUUGCCACAGGGUAUUGUACCUCCUCCCCGAGAUUUCCUGAAGCUAUGCGACAUUGCGGAAUUUAUCAAAAGCCCACCCACUGGGGACACAGAAGGCGAUGUUCAACCUUGCGAUGCUUUCGCCAAAAAAAUUCCCCAGUUUUGUGCCGAAUAUAUGCAUAAAAAGAAGCUCGAGCUGACGCGACUGCUUGCCCUCUCCACUGAUGCAGUACAAGACACCACGACGCUACAAGGCCAAGGAAUCAACGCCCCUGAUGAUAUGUUAUUGCAGCUGGCAACCUCCGUUUUUCAAUGCACUUAUCCGCGGUCAUUCCCAUUGAUUACAUGGGACAAAGUACAGUAUCACCAAGGGUCUUCUUCUCACAGUCAACGCAUGGCCCUCCGAUCCAGUUACGCACUAAUGAUGUCGAUAUCACCUUGCACAUUUUCGAUCUCUCCACGUGGGGUGGCCGCUGUACGCUCUUUGUUAAGCUUGGUCGGUCUCGAUGCCCAAACAACGACAGCAACCACAAUGGACGACCUCCAGUGUCGCUUUUUCUGCUCCAAUUGUUCCCCCAAGCCAGAGAACGGAGGAUCCUACCGGAUGGCGAUGAACUGGCGUCAGGGCGUCUUCCAUUACGUCGAGGAUCAAAGUCCAUCGCAUAAAGAACCUCGUUGGAAAUUAUUAAGUAUUGGACAACUUCAUGUUAUUCAAAGUUCCCCUGCGCCCGAAUAUCCCGCAGCCACUGAGGAAGUGUGGCGUUGUAACAAAUGCAAUGUAUACCACGGAGGCCCAACUACAAAGGUUUUCGUGAUUAAGCAUAUGCAAACGCAUGGAAUCACCACUCCAACUGAAGGAAUUGACUUUAGCUAUGACCAGGGUCUCAUCGAGAAACCACCACCAGCACCGAAGUUCUUCGUCACCCCUCAGACCAGGAAGCCCUCAAAACCAGGCACGACUCAGAAGUCUAAAUCUUCUACUGGGUCGGUAUAUCGCUGCCAACAUUGCAAUGGCUCAGCUCGGACUUUCGUAUUGGAAGGAGUCGAGCAGCAUCUCAAAGUCAAGCACGACAUCAAGUCUCCACAUGAAGGGCCAGAUUUUUAUAAAAUCAAGUAAUUCCAUCGCACUUUCAUUUUUCAUAGCCUCCCCUUCAUCUUUCGCUCUAUAUAUACAACCUUUAACACAACUCCAGCGGUUACGUACGCCGUCUGCAUCUCUAGCCCUAUGCUUAAGUAUAUACCAAGUUUGGUCUUUGAUUCACAGUACUCUUGAAGGACGGUGCCUUAAGUAUACCAACAUGAUGCCAAUCUAUAAUUGAUAGUUGGAUACCCUAA